AAAAGUUUCCAUAUAAAAAGAUUAAAACACACAUUCAGGUAAAUAUUGUUUAGGUUAAAGAGCACAUAUUGAUUGUCUAUACUCACAAAACUUCUUAGUUUGAGCUAUAAUUGGCAUUAAUCUUACAGUGUUUUAGAGCAUUUUGGAAUGCCCUUAGAAAUUAUCUGUGGCAAAUUCUUCAUCGUGCAUAUAAAACAGUUGAUUUCCUUUGCCAAACUCCACCCUGCCAGAGGAGGACUAGUCAUGUCUCCUAAUUUCUCACUCGAACCUUGCCAAAAAUGUCAGGAAAGAGAGCAGUAGUUAUGCCUCACAGGACAUCCUAUUUUCUAGUGAAUGUUUCCUCUCUUGGGCAAUUGCUUCAUUCGGUUUAGGCAAAGGUUGUAACGUAAAAAAUGUUUUAGUUCAAUCUCUUUUCACUGGACUCUAUGGCCAUUUUAGUGCUAAGUGUUCACCACCCGAUACUUCUAAGUAAAUGUACCAAAAGUUGAUAUUAAAGAUAUGGAUGGAAACAACAAAAAGUGAAAAAAUGGGAGGAGAGGGCAAUGGCGUUUAAGGGUAGAAUUUCUGUUAGAUUUCUCUUUGCUUAUCUGUUUAUUUAUUUGUUUGUAAGCAGCGUUGUCGUAUGUUUAAAAUAGGUGGUUAUAAAAUGUGUUUUGCAAGCCUCAUGGUAACCUUACAUAACAGAUAUCUUUGGAAGGCAGAGACUCACUUGGUAAACACACUUAAUCACUCCUGGCGUAUCAUUUUCAUGUAAGUUUUGAAGUGGAGGUGAAGUUCUACAUGUCCCUGGCAUAAUCAUCCAUGGUAGGAGGUUUUUUUCUUCUCUAAUAAGGUGUCCUAUGGUGAGAUGACUUCUUGAAUGGCAUCUACUUUGUGCACUUGGCCCCAAGGAGGCUGGUUUAGUCUGGAAAAUUCAACUGUGGCUCUAAGGCAGUUCCCAAGGUUUGGCUCAAUCUUGGACCAAGCAAACUGGGUAAAGGUCAGGCAUGGAAUUUCAGGCUACAGUGAACAUUCCUCUCCAUGCAGUUCUCUUCCCAGCUCACCUACGCAUGGAUGGGGCUCUUGGGGAAAAGAAGGAGACGGGAUGGUUUUCCCAGGAUUGGGCUUUUAUUAGAUGGUUAAUACCUGGAUUCCUUCCUUUUUCAGAUGGGUGAGUCAAGUGACGACAUAGACCAAAUGUUCAGCACUUUGCUGGGGGAGAUGGAUCUUCUGACCCAGAGUUUAGGAGUCGACACUCUUCCUCCUCCUGACCCUAAACCACCCAGAGCUGAAUUUAACUACAGUGUGGGUUUUAAAGAUUUAAAUGAAUCCUUAAAUGCCCUGGAAGACCAAGAUUUAGAUGCUCUCAUGGCAGACCUGGUCGCAGACAUAAGUGAAGCCGAGCAGAGGACAAUCCAGGCACAGAAAGAGUCUUCGCAGAAUCAGCAUCGCUCAGCAUCUACGGAGGCAUCAAAUUUCGAUGGUGCAGCCUCUCUGGGUUAUGGAGCAAAUGCUACUGCUACCCGUGUUAGCCAAUACGUAGAUGACUUACCACCUCCACCAGCGGACCCUGUGUUAGACCUUCCACUGCCACCGCCACCGCCACCUCCUGAACCCCUCUCUCAGGAAGAAGAAGAAGCCCAAGCCAAGGCUGAUAAAAUUAAGCUGGCGUUGGAAAAACUUAAGGAGGCCAAGGUUAAGAAGCUCGUCGUCAAGGUGCACAUGGACGACAACAGCACAAAGUCACUGAUGGUGGAUGAGCGGCAGUUGGCCCGAGAUGUUCUGGACAACCUUUUUGAGAAAACUCACUGCGACUGCAAUGUAGACUGGUGUCUCUAUGAAAUAUACCCAGAACUACAAAUUGAGAGGUUUUUUGAAGACCAUGAAAAUGUUGUUGAAGUCUUAUCAGACUGGACAAGAGACACAGAAAAUAAAGUACUAUUUUUGGAAAAAGAGGAAAAGUAUGCUGUAUUUAAAAACCCCCAGAAUUUCUACUUGAAUAACAAAGGGAAAAAAGAAGGCAAGGAAGCCAAUGAGAAAAUGAAUGCUAAGAACAAGGAAUCUUUACUUGAGGAAAGUUUCUGUGGAACGUCUAUCAUUGUACCAGAACUCGAAGGAGCUCUUUAUUUGAAAGAAGAUGGAAAGAAAUCCUGGAAAAGGCGCUAUUUCCUUUUACGGGCUUCUGGAAUUUAUUAUGUACCCAAAGGAAAGACUAAGACGUCUCGAGAUCUGGCAUGUUUUAUACAGUUUGAAAAUGUCAAUAUUUACUACGGGAUUCAGUGUAAAAUGAAAUAUAAAGCACCCACUGACUACUGCUUUGUCUUAAAGCAUCCCCAAAUCCAGAAGGAGUCCCAGUAUAUCAAGUACCUCUGCUGUGACGACGCAAGAACUCUCAACCAGUGGGUUAUGGGCAUUCGGAUCGCCAAGUAUGGGAAGACACUCUAUGACAACUACCAGCGGGCCAUGGCGAGGGCUGGCCUUGCCUCUCGGUGGACAAACCUGGGGACUGUCAACGCAGUGACACCAGCCCAGCCUUGCACAGGACUCAAAACAGGCGCCGCCCAGCCCAACGGGCGGGUCCCACAGGCUGUCCCCUCUGCCAGUGCUGCGCUUGAGGAGGCCCAGAGACAGGCCGAAACUGCCAAGAGGAUGCAGCAGCAAGGUGUCAUCUUGGAAGCAGAGACCAGACCCGCACCAGACACUGAACCUGCUAAUCCCCUGAUCUUGGACUUCCAGCCUCUGGAACUGGAAAAAGACAUAUUUGAUAACCAGCUCUUAGCAGAAAGGAGCCGGUGCUGUCGGUGGUGAGGAGGCUGCUCCGCGGAGCCCGGGACGCGCCGCCAGGCCCUGAUGUUCUUCGGGAAGCGGAGCCCGGCGCUUGCGUUUGUGCUGGAUCUGUCUGGGUUGUCCUGGUUUCCACACUUCUGAAAAGUGUUUCAUUAAUGUACCAAAAGCCAGUUCUGUUUUCCUGGCACUUUGUGCAAGAUGCAUUUCCUGAAAUGUUUUAAAAGGACAAAAAUAGAUGGAUGGUGUGUCCUUUCUUGUGACUGUACCGUGUGAUUAACAAGAAGUGGCGUUUGUUUUCUGUGCAUCUCGUCUGAUAUUAAAUGGCAGUUUUAAAAAGG